UGCCCCGGACAGCCCCUGUAAGGACCCCGCAGGCACGCUCUAUGACAGGCAUUGCCGCGGACAGCCCCUGUAAGGACCCCGCAGUGACGCUCUAUCCCCUCGCCCGACUCUAUGACAGGCAGCUCCCACUCCCAUCACUGAGAUGCCGCUGUAUGAGGGUCUGGGCAGCGGGGGCGAGAAAACCGCUGUCGUCAUCGAUCUCGGGGAAGCAUUUACUAAGUGUGGAUUUGCUGGUGAAACUGGACCAAGAUGUAUCAUUCGGAGCGAGAUCAAAAAGCCCGGCAUUGCUAAGCCAAUAAAAGUUAUCCAGUACAAUAUCAACACAGACGAACUCUAUUCGUAUCUGAUAGAAUUCAUUCACAUGCUGUAUUUUAGGCAUCUCUUGGUAAAUCCCAGGGACAGACGUGUAGUUUUAAUAGAAUCUGUGCUUUCCCCAUCUCGCUUCAGAGAAACAGUUGCAAGGGCUCUUUUCAAGUACUUUGAGGUUCCCUCGGUGCUGUUUGCUCCAGCUCAUUUGAUGUCUCUCCUAACACUUGGGAUUAAUUCCGCAAUGGUCUUGGAUUGUGGUUAUGCAGAAAGUCUGGUACUCCCUAUAUAUGAGGGAAUCCCAAUCCUGAGCUGUUGGGGGGCACUUCCUUUGGGAGGAAAAUCUAUUCACAAGGAACUGGAAGCUCAGUUACUGGAGCAGUGCACGGCCAACACUGGGACUGCCAAGGACCAGAGCCUGCCAUCCGUCAUGAGCAGUGUCCCCGAGGAAAUUGUGGAAGAUAUUAAAGUGCGCAUUUGUUUUGUAAGCGAUCUCCAGCGAGGGCUCAAAAUCCAAGCUGCUAAAUUUAACAUCGAUGGCAAAUCUGAGCGCCCCACUCCACCUCCUGAUGUUGACUACCCGCUAGAUGGACAAAAGAUAUUGCAUGUCAAUGGAUCUAUCAGAGACUCUGUGGUAGAAUUAUUGUUUGAACAAGACAAUGAAGAGAAGUCUGUUGCAACGUUAAUUCUGGAUUCACUUGUACAGUGUCCUAUAGAUACCAGAAAGCAGCUGGCAGAAAACAUUGUGGUAAUUGGUGGUACAGCCAUGCUACCUGGAUUCCUUCACCGGUUAAUGGCAGAGAUAAAACAUUUGGCCGAAAAACCAAAAUACAAAGAAAUCCUUUCCACCAAAACCUACAAGGUCCAUACUCCCCCCGCAAAGCCAAAUUGUGUCGCAUGGCUUGGAGGUGCAAUAUUUGGAGCUUUGCAAGAUAUCCUUGGGAGCCGCUCUUUAGCUAAAGAAUACUAUAACCAGUCGGGCCGAAUACCAGACUGGUGCUGUCUGAAUAAUCCUCCUCUUGUAUCCAUGUUUGAUAUUGGAAAAUCUGGCCCUCCACUCAUGAAAAGAGCCUUCUCCACUGAGAAGUGAGCUCACUCACACCGACCCCUGUCUCUGUAUAAUGUAUCAAUUCAACUCCCUUAAAACUGACUGUUCUGAUUUGCAAUAUUUAUUCUACUAUUCUGUGCUAAAAAUAAAUGUUCUGUUUAGACUGCCAUGUUUUCUAACUUAUUUUUUUGUUCCUGUAGUUCAUUAAACCUGAACAAAUUGCUUGCCUUUUUUUUUUUCUUUUGUU